CUGUUUGGAACUGAUCUGCUCCAUGUGGUUGUUUCUGGUUUCUUCUUUACAUCGUGUGUCUCGUGUGAUUUUUGUCAUUGCGUCUGUAACGUCUGUUAGAUGAGUGUUGGAUAAACAUUCAUAUUUAGAAAUUGUGCCACGAGUGUGAGGAUAGUUUCAAAUCAUGGGAAAAUCGAAGAAACUGAAAGUUUCGAAAGGAGAGGUCCGAAGAUCGGACUUAGAAACUCAAUUAGAAGACGACAAAUUUGCCAAACCUUCAGCAAGAGUUAAGGCUAAACGAUCCCGACAAGAUGAAGAUGACGAGUUCGUUGAUUCGUCCCUUUCCAAAAAGAUUCUACGCUUGGCUGGCCAUCAAAAGAGAGAUGAAGAGGGCGUUGAACAAGAUAACCCUGGACCCUCAGACGCAAGUCUGGGGACACUAGAAGAUUUUGAUGAUGAGUUUGAGGACGAAAUGCAAGGCGAUGACUAUUGUAAUAAAAUUGAAUUGGACGAAGAUGAAGAGAGGACUGUGGACAUGUUUUUGAACAAGGAUCGCAAGGAGCAAACUUGCUUGGCAGAUAUUGUUAUGGCAGCAAUCCGUUCGAAGCAAUCUGACUUUGAAGCUGUGCAGUCGGUGAAUGGAGGUUGCCAGGUUCAAGAUAUUCAACCGGAAGUUAAAGAACUGUACCAGGGUGUGGGCAAAUUGCUUGUUAAAUAUAGAAGCGGCAAACUGCCAAAAGCAUUCAAAAUCAUUCCCAGACUUAGAAACUGGGAGCAGAUGUUGCUCAUCACAGAAACAGAAAAUUGGAGCGCUGCUGCUGUUUACCAAGGAACAAGAAUCUUUGCUUCGAACCUAACAGAAAAGAUGACCCAGCGAUUCUACAAUGUGGUCUUGCUUCCUCGUGUUCGCGACGACAUUGCUGAGUACAAGAGACUCAAUUUCCAUCUAUAUCAGGCCUUGAGAAAGGCACUGUUCAAGCCAGCUGCAUUCAUGAGAGGAAUACUCAUUCCUCUGUGCGAGAGUCGGGACUGCACUCUUCGCGAAGCAAUCAUCAUCGGGUCAGUGCUUGCCAGGAAUUCGAUCCCUAUCCUCCAUUCUUGCGCGGCAAUCUUGAAGAUAGCUGAAUUGGAGUACACAGGAGCCACCUCUGUUUUCAUCAGGAUCUUGCUUGAUAAGAAAUACGCCCUUCCGUAUCGAGUGACUGAUGCCCUCGUAUUUCACUUCUUGAGGGUUGGCAAAGAUGAAAGGCAACUCCCUGUCUUGUGGCACCAGUCAUUCUUGACCUUUGUCCAGAGAUACAAGAAUGACAUCAGCUCGGAACAGAGGGAUGCGUUGCUGGAUCUGCUCCGAAGUCAGAACCACCAUAGUAUCAGCGCCGAAGUGCGCAGAGAGUUGCAGAGUGCGCAAUGCAAGGACUUGAGAGCGAGCGAGUCAGAGCCAAUGGAUCAGUAACAACAAAAUGUUUAUUCUAAUAAAAUUGUUCAAGAAACAAAAUUCCCGAUUA